UCGUAAUCAAUGACUAAUUAGAUAAUGGUGAAACAUUGAUGUAGGCAGUAGGGGGCAGUGUGGAUGACUCGUUCUUUUGCAGUCCAAGAACAAGUGAGUGCAAUGGCAGGAUCAACGUUACCGUGGAGGCCGCCUCGGGAGUGUGAUGCCUACUGGAGUGAAUUCAGACAUUGCAAGAGUUUACGGCACCGCUUCCAUCACUACUACACUUAUGGAAUGUCACCUUUGUGUGAGCAGUGGAAAGAAGACUAUGAUGCAUGCAAGGAGUGGGAGAGGACCCAGAGUACACAUGCCAAGGAAUGUCUCCAGAAAAGUGAGAGGAAUCGAGUGUCCGACCAGAGGAAAUUCACUCCAGUUUGGGAGCUGAGACAAAGCCCACCACCGGACUGGCACAUGCCUCUUAAUCAGGACAGACCACAGGACUCUUGAGGGUACACAGACCAUCAUUUUAUCCAUCAUAUUCAUUCAACUUACAAAGACUGCCUUACUUUCCCAGAACUACUCAGUCCACAAAUACCCAAUGGCUAUGGCUGAAAUGGAUCCCUAUUUGUGUUUCAGGGCAAUAUUGACAACAUUUGAGUACCUUUUUCUCUUAGAGACCAAUUUGUAAUUUAAGGGCACUACGAUGUCCCACAGUGCACUUACAAUUUACCCACAGGUACUGCUGAGCCAAAGAAAAUUGAACUUGCCAGACUCUCAUGGCUCUCUGCUAACUACAGGUUACUGUAGUCAUGGAUCAAUAGUGAAAUGUCUCUUUUUACUUUUCCCUCAUUCCCUGCACUUUUCAGAAACAUUACACCCCUGUCCAAGAAUAAGCUUCAGCCGUGCAAGCAACUAAUGUUUGUUUGUUUAUGCGACUGGUAAGUAGUGACGCAGGCUGAUGAUGAGCAAGAAUAUGAAUUUAUUCAUGCAUAGAUAAAUAGUUCUUCCCUGUAUAGUGUGGUACUAACAAGUGAGUAGGGAUCCAUUUCAGUCAGUGUCUAGAUUUUGUGUCCAGUAUGACUGUUUUUGUGAACAUUCUUCAAUGUGUAUCAGCACUCGUACUCUACAAAUUGUAAAACUCUGAAGAUCUUUACAAAUACAGCCACACAGGUGCUCUCUGGGAAGAAGACAUAAGGUCAAGAAGAAAAACAGGUUUUUUAUUAUUAUUUUUAAUUUACUUUUGCCAACUGUUUCAGUGCCACUGCUGAAGGGUUGUUUAUGGUACUGUUACUUUGAAAAUCUUUAGAUUAUGUCUAUGCAUGCACGUUUUUACAUCUUCAACAGGUGUUUGGCCUUUCAUGUUUCAUGUCUUGAUGUAAAGACCGUACUGAAAAUAUCCAUAUCAAUAAAAUGCAAUUAUAAGUCCUGUUAUGAGUAACAAAGUUUAUCAAAGAACUUGUUAUGUGUUUCUGUUGUGUAAAGACUUAUUCAUGUUUUGUGUGGUCAGUGAUGGAAUGUGCUAGUUUAAAAGUAGACAGUGAGUUAUUAUAAUGUACUGUAUGAAUGUAAUAAAUGAGACAUUCAUCGAC